AUGUCUGUCAAGUUCCAGGAGGAGACCGUUCGCGCGGUCACGGGCGGCAAGUCGGAGGAUCUGGCGCAUCGCGUCGGCGAGCGAUUGACCGGUGGAAAGACGCAGACGGGGUACCUGGCGGUAUGUUCUAGUCCUCUCCUCCCCUCUUUUCCCCUUCUCUCUCCCCCGGACAGAACGGCGGCUGACCCGAGGAAUGGAUCGACACAGGCCUACCUCCGCCAGCUGCAGAAGAACCCGCUGCGCACCAAGAUGCUCACCUCGGGUGUACUCUCGGGUGUGCAAGAACUGCUGGCGUCGUGGAUCGCGCACGACGUCGGCAAGCACGGCCACUACUUCAGCUCGCGCAUCCCCAAGAUGUCGCUGUACGGCAUGUUCAUCAGCGCGCCCCUGGGCCACGUUCUCAUCGGCAUUCUCCAGAAGAUCUUUGCCGGCCGGACGAGUCUGAAGGCGAAGAUCCUGCAGAUCCUCGUCAGCAACCUGAUCGUCUCCCCGAUCCAGAACUCCGUCUACCUGACCUCGAUGGCGGUCAUUGCCGGCGCGCGCACGAUCCACCAGGUUCGCGCCACCGUUCGCGCCGGGUUCAUGCCCGUCAUGAAGGUUAGCUGGAUCACCUCGCCGCUGGCGCUGGCAUUUGCCCAGAAGUUCCUGCCCGAGCACACCUGGGUGCCGUUCUUCAACAUCGUCGGGUUCUUUAUCGGCACUUACGUCAACACUCACACCAAGAAGAAGCGCCUCGAGGCCCUGCGCAAGCGCUACGACCAGCGCCGCGACUACGAGAAGCGCGACUACCCUUAA